AUGUGGUGGUUGCUGAAAGCGCGGGGUGGGCUGCGAAAAACGGCCUUUGAGUGGGAUUAUUCGUGGCAGUCCCGAGUGGGAUCCCGGCAUUCGGUAGGGCUUCAGAAGUACCAGGCCUUGUUUCCAUGGGAACAGGAACCAGUCGCAAGGGGCGGGGACAUUCUAGGCCGAAGUCGCGGGAAAGUGCUCGUGCCCUGCCGGUGGAAGCACGCAAAGGAGGCUGACGGAGAACCUAGCUUUCUGGAGAUAGUCGAAAUAUACUGCGAUCGGGCGGCGCGCGUGGUUGAAAAGGAGCUCGUGAAGCGGCUUCGCACUCCUAAGGACGAGAAUGAACGAGUGCUGCGGGUUCGUGGAAUCCUCGACACAAUCCGGAGCUGCGGCCACGUCCUGGAGGUGGCCUUCCCUGUUCGUAGAGACGGUGGCUGUUGGGAGGUGAUCAAGGGCUGUCGUGCCCAACACAGCCAGCACCGUUUGCCCUGCAAAGGAGGGAUUCGAUAUAGCAAAUCAGUUAGUGUUGAUGAAGUAAAAGCUUUAGCUGCUUUGAUGACAUACAAGUGUGCAGUGGUAGAUGUUCCUUUUGGUGGGGCAAAGGCUGGUGUGACUGUUGAGCCAAAGAAUUAUUCAGAAAGUGAACUGGAGAGAAUAACAAGGAAAUUCACAUUAGAAUUGGCCAAGAAAGGUUUUAUAGGUCCUGGAAUUGAUGUAGGUGCUCCUGAUAUAAACACAGGAGAAAGGGAGAUGUCCUGGAUUGCUGAUACAUAUGCCACUACACUUGGAUACCAGGAUAUCAAUUCCCCUGCUUGUGUGACUGGGAAACCCAUAAGUCAGGGAGGAAUCCAUGGACGCAUCUCAGCCACAGGCCGUGGAAUUCUAUAUGGAAUUGAAAACUACAUCAAUAAUACAACAUAUAUGGAUCUUAUUGGCCUUAAAACUGGCUUCUCUGGUAAAACAUUUGUUUUGCAGGGAUUUGGCAAUGUGGGGUUUCACUCAAUGCGAUACCUGCAACGCUAUGGAGCAUGCUGCAUAUGUGUUGAGGAAGUAGAUGGUGCCAUCUAUAGCACUGAUGGAAUUGAUUCCAGUGAGCUACAACACUAUAAACAAGAACAUGGCACCAUUGUUGGCUUUCCAAAGGCUAAGAAACUUGAGGGCAGUGCUCUUGAGAUACCUUGUGAUAUCCUUAUUCCAGCUGCUAUUGAGAAACAGCUCACAAAGGCAAAUGCUCAUCGUGUCCAAGCAAAGAUUAUUGCUGAGGGUGCCAAUGGCCCCACAACUCCAGAUGCUCAUGACAUCUUUUUGCAGAGAAAAAUCCUUGUACUUCCG